CCAGACAAUAGGGGGACUCAUUUCUAAGACUCUUUGUGUCAGCCAUCUCACUUUAUAUAUACACACGCUUCCUGGUGUAGAGCAUUUUGGGAUGUUUUAUUAAGGUAAUGCCAUACAAACCUCGUUUAAAGCAUCUGCCUUGUCUUCAAGAGACUGCCAUGGAGAUGACUUUGCUAAUGGACCCCAAUAAAUGAGCUCAGCCCUUCAGUCGGCUUUGUUCAACCUGCGUUGACUUCCCAAACAAUUCCCAACCUAGCCAAACCACACUUCGCUGGAAUGGAUGAAUGUGGCAGAGGAAACUCACUAGAGCAGCAUCUAUGAACAGCAUGAGCAUCGGUGAGCAAUUGUGGAGUGACGAGGACUCGGAUGGUGACAGCGAUGGUGAGGAUUUCAUCUACGGCGCCCAGGGUCAUUAUGCCACUGACCUGAGUCGACACCCGCAGCUGGACAUCGAUGUUGGUGCAGUGAAGGACAUCUAUUCUGAAAGUGCCGUUUUUGUCAGGGAUUAUGAGACCAUUGACGAUGUGGACAUUGACCUGCACAUUAAUGUCAGCUUCCUGGAUGAGGAGGUGGCAUCAGCAUGGAAGGUCAGUAGAACAGAGCCAAUCAUUUUACGCCUUCAUUUCUCCCUCUCCCAGUAUCUGGAUGGACCAGAACCCACUGUGGAGGUGUUCCAGCCAACUUGUAAAGAUGGUUUCUGCCUUGGGGUGCAGCUUAAAAGAAUUCUCAGCACUUUUGUAUCUAAUCAAUGGAAACAUCUCAGCAACGAGUUCCUGAACGCACAACAGAGGAAGAGACACAGCUGGUUUAAGGCUGGAGGAACUAUCAAGAAGUUCAGAGCUGGACUCAGCAUCUUCUCACCAAUAACCAAGUGCUCCAGUGUUCCUCUCAUUCAGGGCCCUGGGGUGAAAGCAAGGCCAGCAGGACAAGAGUUGAGAGUGACCCGCUUGAUGAGCCGCUCUAUGUCCUGCACCAAAGGAGAUCUGCACACCUCCAACCCAAUUGGACAAACUGUGGCCGUCCCAGGCUCAAGAUCCACAGUACACAUCACCACCAGGCAGCUCAUUCAACUCUUCUUCUCCUCACAAGCGCUCAUGCACUGCAAGAGCAUCCCGACCCUGGAGUACGGCUUCCUCGUUCAGGUUAUGAAGUACUCAGAACAAAGGAUCCCAACUCUGAACGAUUAUUGCGUGGUCUGUGAUGAACAGCAUGUCUUUCAGAACGGCUCCAUGCUCAAGCCUGCUGUUUGUACAAGAGAACUGUGCGUGUUCUCCUUCAACACUCUGGGCGUCAUGUCAGGAGCUGCGGAAGAUGUGUCCACAGGAGCUGAGGUAGUGGACCUGCUGGUGGCAAUGUGUCGUGCUGCACUUGAAUCUGCCCGUAAAAGCAUUAUCUUUGACCCUUACCCCUCUGUCGUUGACCCUCAUGACCCCAAGUCUCUGGCCUUCAAUCCGAAGAAAAGAAGUUACGAGCGGCUGCAGAGAGCAUUAGACAGCAUCAUGUCAAUCCGAGAAAUAACACAAGGCCCUUAUGUUGAAAUAAAGAAACAGAUGGACAAAAUGGACCCGCUUGCACAUCCUCUGCUACAGUGGAUUAUAUCCAGCAACAGGUCUCACUUUGUCAAGCUCCCCUCCAGCAGGCAACUGAGGUUCAUGCACACCUCCCAUCAGUUCCUGCUCCUCAGCAGUCCUCCUGCCAAAGAGGCCCGCUUUCGCACCGCCCGAAAACUCCACGGCAGCACGUUCGCUUUUCAUGGUUCUCAUAUUGAAAACUGGCACUCCAUUCUACGAAAUGGACUUGUAAAUGCCUCCUACACGAAACUGCAGCUGCAUGGGGCGGCCUAUGGGAAGGGCAUCUACCUCAGCCCCAUCUCCAGCAUCUCAUUUGGAUACUCAGGAAUGGGAAAAGGACAGCACCACAUCCCUACUAAAGAGGAAUUAGUACAGCACUACAACCGGGUCAACACUGUCUUACAGUGUCGACCCGUACAUUCAAGGUUUCUUCAGAGUCGGAAUCUGAACUGCGUUGCUCUGUGUGAGGUGAUAACAUCCAAAGAUCUACAGAAACAUGGAAAUAUUUGGGUUUGCCCGAUUUCUGAUCACGUCUGCACACGGUUCUUUUUUGUGUACGAGGACGGUCAGGUAGGAGAUGCUAACAUAAACACACAGGACGUCCGGAUACAGAAGGAGAUAUUGCGGGUGAUUGGAGGACAAUCGACCUGACUGACCCGUUUCACCACUGUGACGCUUUGAGAAACUCUACAAGGGAACAUAUCAACUGAUAUGGGAAAGAAUUACCUCAAACUAGAUGUUUUUGGUGACGCUCCAGUCAAGUUUGUCUUUACAUGGAAAGAACGGAAACCCCUUUUGUAACUUUUUUGAUAAAACAUUUUCUUGAAUUUUAAUGUAGUGUCUAUUUAUGUCAUGUUCGCUUUACAUUUUUUCUACAUCAUGAGAAGUGCUGUUAAUUAGCGUUGAAUUUACAGCAGUUGAAAAAAUGUUUCAUUCCCAUUUUGCCCACUGGGGGUCUCUAUUGCCUAAAGAGAACCAUAAAAAAUAACUUGGAAAUGAAAUAGGAAAGGCUUCUAAUUCUAUAAACCUGCCAUUUAAAGUGUUUACGUCUAUUUACAUCUACCACUAGAGAUUAUAGGUCCUGUUUAAUGUAUGUUUACUAGUGAAAUGCAGCAUAUCCGUCAGUUUAUUUUCAUGAGAAUGUUGUGAUGCCACUUGUUAUAUGGAUCUUAAACGUCUUACAUGAAAUGUUAACAAGUUUGGUGCUGUGCACUAUAAAGGCAUCGUGUUCUCAUUCACUCUUCAGAGAGCUUCGAGCGGAGAAGACUGACAAUAAACUACACGUAAUGACACAUUA